AUGAAAAAUUUAAUUCCAAAAAGGCCUAAAAAGCAGGUGCUUGAACCCACAAUAAAUAAUGACUGUGUUGUGCUGAGGGAAGCAAAUGAAGACAGAAAAGUAGAGGAAGUGAUCGAUCAGUUUUGUGUCUGUCACGAUAAGAAACUUGGUAAAGAAUCACUUCGGUUGGUUGUUUUGGCCGAAUGUGAACGAAGAUUGUUGUUUGAUAGUGAAACUGUUCUACCUGUGAAUUCGUCGGACAUUUCAGCAAGAGGACCCAUCUCAAAUUGUGGGCGGUUUCGGUUUCUUAGACAUCGCUCCGAUGUUUCCUCCAUCGGACAGAUGAUAUUUGGUUCAUUGUCAAUGGCUAAGAGUGAAUCCUUCAAAAUACACUCUCUAAGUGGAAGUAAGCAAAUUAUGGUAAGCCGCGUUGUCUCAAUUCCGAAAAUGGGAAAGUCUUCAAAUAGUGACAGUAAGACAGUACCUGUUGGUAGUUUAAGUAGCGCUGAUUCAGAAAGCCCGUACUCAACAGUUCGUUCGGACGAUGGCGUGCGAGAACGGGUGCACUACUGUUCGCAAUCAGCUGAUCCUCCGGAAGGAUUUACGCGAGUACGAAAUACGUCUUUGCAAUUAGACAGUGAAGAAGGAUAUAUAGAUGCAUACAGAGCAUUUUCACCUAAUCGCCUCUCUCGGCAUCGCCGAAUGCAGCUUGCACAGCGAAGCAAUUUAUGUGACGAAAAUAACUCUGGUCGCUGGAAUAGUCGAAGUCGUUUGAGCAGUUGUAGUUCAACAGCAGAUGAAGAAUCGAAACAAAUUGCAAUAGGAAUACUGUUUCGGGAAGAAGAAAAGCAGUUUUUGUUUUGUCAUAUUCCUUUGAUUGAAAUUGAAAUCGUCAAACUAGAAGCUCAAAUUUUGAAAGGGACGCUCUCACGAACCCGUUUCUUGCAUUUUUUAUUCCAGGCUUGGUUGGAACUUGCACAUAAUAUAUGUUUGCUUUAUAACUCGUAUCGAUUUCGUUCUCCUGUUUGGCUAAGUUUGAUGGAUGAGAGAAAAUACACUUCAACAGCCUAUAACUUUUGUACCAAUUUAGCUGCAUUAAUUUAUGAAUAUGACUUGAAAUCUACUCGAUACUUUGUAUCAACUUUAUUGUCAUGUGUUUUAAUGAACCAUCUUGCAUGGGUUGCGAGCGUCGCACCACCUGAACAUUGUGAAGAUCUUCAUCGAUCAUUGUUGAUGGGAACGACUGGAAGUUCAGAUUGCUUACGGUAUCCUUACAAUGCGCAAUUAGCACAGUAUAUGGAAGUAAGUGGUAGUGUUGGUGGUGCAACACGUUUGGCUCGAACGGUGAUAGUUGGAAAUGAUAUGAAAUUGGUCACACAUUUGCUCUACAUCCUUACAUAUUUUGUUCGAUGCUCAGCUAUCCAACUUGAUGAGAAGAAAGCUCAUCAGUGGGAUUCGCAGCCAGAGAUGAAAUCAUUUUCUCCCAUCUGUUGCCAUGAAAAUGAUAACUACACAAAAUAUGUGCUUAAAAAGGACGGGAACAGGAAGGAACCUGACGGUGUUUUCCAAGAGCAUUUCGAAACAGGUUUCAAUGAGAAACAUUCUAAUUGGUAUUUUCCAUUAGCAAGGAACACUAGUGAUUCGAUGAAUACUAAUCUGGCUUGGUCCAUGUUAGCUGGACCUUGCGAUUCUUAUUGCUCACAUUUUGUUAUAUGCGGGUUACGUUCGGCUACCAUUGAUUUGAAAAAGACGUAUUGCUCAAUGAUGUGUCAUAUAAGGAACGGUGAAUCGGAAUUGUUUAAUGCAUCGUCUUCUCCUGAGUCAUCCACUUCAUCUACUGUAUCUGAUCCUGCACCAUUCAGCCCAACUGUUGUAGUACUCGCUGAUGCUACAAAUUAUACCGUCAAGAUGAUUUCUGGGGAUGAUACAACUAUUGAUGAAAGUGAAAUGACCGCACCAUGUGAUGCAGUUGUGACAAUGCUCGAACAGUUCGGUGAUUUGUAUCGACUUGGUGCAGCACCUACAUUCCUUUUAUCAUUUAUUGAAGGCUGUUUAAGUGAUAUUCUAACCCGAUCUCUCUCAUUGGUGGAAAUGUUGGGGGGGUUAUCUGAAAACAAAAAAGAAACAAAAGCCACAGCAGGUACAGUUACAGCAGAACGUGUUGUGAGUGUUAUUGGUUGUGAUUAUUCUGAUUUGCGUCUUAUUGUAAAUGUUGCUGCUGUAUAUCAUCCUUCUGUUUUACAAGCUGUUAUAUAA